CAACUGUUGUCACAGGAUCAGCAGCUUUGGGUGCUCUGAGGGACUUUAGCUGAAGCCUUGUGCCUGUUUCGCUCCAUGAUUUUGCUGGGGAGGGCAGAAGGGAAGACAUUGCCCUGAACAAUCCCUGCUCCACAGGACGUUGUCUCUGGGGAUAUGACUGGGGAUGCCUCUCCGACGAAAGCGUUCCGAUACCAAGAAACUCUGCUGUAUGGCCGAUACACAGACCGGAUAACAGAUAACAUUUCAGACAAGGAGGCAGCAACGCUACUGAAGAAACAGGCCCAAAGGAACAAUGGAAGACCCCUGAAACGUGACAGUCAAGUACAGAUCAAAGAAGAGCACUAUUCCAAAUGUCAAGACUGUGCUAAACGCAUCCAGAAAUAUGUUACCAAGAAGCUUGGAGAGGACUGGAUUUUCUUGGUUCUGUUGGGUCUGGUCAUGGCGUUGGUGAGCUGGGGAGUGGAUUAUGCCAGUGCAAAGACCGUACAGGCCUACAAGUGGAUGUACGGAGCGCUGCACCCCAACGUCCCCCUGCAGUACGCCGUGUGGGUGGCCGUCCCACUAAGCCUGAUUCUGUUUGCAGCCAGCUUCUGCCACUUUGUGUCUCCACAGGCUGUUGGUGAGGGCAGAAGGCAGGGCAAGAUCUGUUUCUGUCUGUCUCGUUUUUCUUGUUCCAUUUUCGUGUUCCGUUUUUCUUGUUCCGUUUGUUCAUCCCCGGCUCUGCUGUUGUUUUCAGGGUCUGGGAUCCCAGAGCUCAAGACCAUUAUGAGGGGAGUGGUCCUCAAGGAGUAUCUCACUCUCAAAGCUUUUGUGGCCAAAGUUGUGGCCCUCACCGCUGGGCUUGGAAGUGGCAUGCCUGUGGGGAAAGAGGGUCCUUUUGUGCAUAUUGCCAGUAUCUGUGCUGUGGUACUCAGCAAGUUCAUGUCGAUCUUCUGUGGGGUGUAUGAGAAUGUGCAUAGGCAGCUCGACCUCCUGGUGCCGGCUUGCGCAGUUGGAGUCGGAUGUUGCUUCAAGGCUCCUCUUGGAGGGGUUCUUUUCAGCAUCGAGGUCACCUCCACUUACUUUGCUGUGCGCAAUUACUGGAGAGGCUUCUUUGCAGCCACCUUUAGUGCCUUCGUGUUCCGAGUCCUGGCUGUCUGGAACAAGGAUGCAGUUACCAUCACAGCCCUCUUCAGAACAAACUUCCGCAUGGAUUUCCCCUUUGAUCUGCAAGAGCUGCCAGCAUUUGCUAUAAUAGGCAUAUGUUCUGGAUUCCUUGGAGCCUUUUUUGUUUAUCUCAAUCGCCAAGUGGUCCUGGGCAUCCGACGUCAUAAAGCCCUGAGCCAGUUUCUCACCAAAUACCGACUGAUAUACCCUGCGGUUAUAACCUUCUGUAUAGCGUCUGUGACAUUUCCUCACGGAUUUGGGCAGUUCAUGGCAGGAGAGUUGAUGCCACGGGAAGCCAUCAGCACUCUCUUUGAUAAUUAUACCUGGAUCAAACACUCUGGGGACACCCAGAUCCUAGGGAAAUCUGCAGCCUGGAUUCAUCCUAAAGUCAGCGUCUUUGUCACCAUCCUGCUCUUCUUCCUCGUGAAGUUCUGCAUGGCUGUUAUUGCCACCACGAUGCCAAUCCCCUGUGGAGGCUUCAUGCCUGUUUUCGUAUUGGGUGCUGCAUUUGGACGUCUCAUUGGGGAAAUCAUGGCAUCGCUUUUUCCCAACGGGAUCCUCUUUGACGACAUUCUCUACCAAAUCUUACCUGGAGGGUAUGCUGUCAUUGGUGAGCCUCCACGUCUUCCUUUUUCCUCACCUGGUCCCACUGCUGUAAUUUUCCUGGUUGACAUGAUAUGCUGUUUCUAUAUGACAGUCGUCUUCUCUCCCUAUUUUCUCCUACCUGGGAAAGGUGCAGCAGCUUUGACAGGAGCGGUGAGCCACACUGUCUCCACCGCUGUCAUCUGCUUCGAGCUGACGGGUCAGAUCUCUCACAUCCUGCCCAUGAUGGUGGCUGUCAUCCUUGCCAACAUGGUGGCCCAGAGUUUGCAGCCCAGCCUCUAUGACAGCAUCAUCCAGGUGAAGAAGCUGCCCUACCUGCCAGACCUGGGCUGGAAUCACAUAAGCAAAUACAAUAUCUUUGUUGAGGAUAUUAUGGUCCAGGAUGUGAAAUUUGUUUCCUCCAACUGUAAAUACCGAGACUUGCAAGAGGUUCUCCAAAGCACCACAGUGAAAUCUUUGCCUUUGGUGGACUCGCCAGAGUCCAUGAUCCUGCUGGGGUCCGUGGAGCGGUCGGAGCUGCAGGCUCUCCUGCAGACACACAUCAGCCCAGAGCGGCGGCGGCUCCUCAACAGAGAAAGGCAGCAGGAGCUGAACGAGGCACCCUACGAUGGACCCUGGGCAAACCUGCCCAAGCUGAAGCACGAAUCUUUUGCUUAUGUCGAUGAGGAUGAGGAUACAGAGGAGAAAGGAGAGCUGCCUCGGCCUCCAAGUCCCACUCCCAGUUACCCAGAAGAGCCAAAUGGCCCAACAAGUCCUCUUAAACAAAUGCCUGAAACCUUGGAGUCCCAGCAACACUCAGGCAGUUUCAGGAGCCUGAGGAAACUGAUCCAGCAGCUCUUGUGCCAUUGCAGCCGUCCACAUGAAACAGAGAGCACCAUCCAGGAGCCAGUGGAAGUCAUUGAGACAAUGACACCAGAAGAGAUAGAUGCCUGGGAACAGGAGGAGCUGAACAAGAAUGUGUGCUUUGACAGCUGCCGCGUAGAUCCCUCCCCUUUCCAAUUGGUGGAGAGAACCUCCCUGCACAAGACACACACAUUGUUCUCACUGCUGGGCCUCAGCCAUGCCUACGUAACCAGCAUGGGGAAGCUGAGGGGAGUGCUGGCUUUGGAAGAGCUCCAGAAGGCAAUAGAGGGUUCCACCCGUUCUGGGGUCCGUCUCCGACCUCCCCUUGCCAGUUUCCGUGACAUCAGCCGGAAUUCCAGCACCACCAAGGUCGGGCAGGGCGCGCAGGCGUGGGGCCGGGAGGACAACGGCACGGUGGCAGCAGAGCAAGAAGCAAACCUGGGCACUGAGAGCCCUCUGCCCCCCAGCUCACACUCCCCCCAGCCCUCACACUCACAGGAAGAGGGGGAAGUCCCCAGCUCUGCUUAUGCCACAGAUACCGAGCUGGAAGAGAUGGAGAUGACAGGGCGAGUUGCUGAAAACAUCUCAGACAUCCUCAAGGACAUAAACCUACGUACUACUGACCUGGAUGAAGACGAGGAUGAUGAAGAUGAUGUUCCCUUAUAGCUGGUGUGAGGGUAGCAGUCCAUCACACUAUUCAGUGAGCCAGUCUUCUUGUGUUUGCUCCUCCAACAGAAGCUUUUGGAUGUUCUUUGCAAUCCCCACAGAGGAACGAUUCAGCUGGGAGGAGGGACAUCAGACUGACCCUUUCUUCUGAUGCUUUCCCUCUGGGCAGACUGUUGGGCUGCUGGACUGUUGGGGCGUGUGCAGGUGUCAGAUGUGGACUGCAAGGAGCCUGAGUACAGGCAGAGCACACUGUAACAGGACAUGGAUACUGCUGACACAGCCAGGAUGCCCUGGGUCAAUCUGCCGUGUGGAAAGGGGAGGAGGAUCAGUUCUCACUCACCACUGGUGCAGUCCUUCCAGCCCUACCAGGCCUGCACACAGACCACAGCCAGACCUCCAGCCUAGAAGCAUCCUUCUGCUUCUGACUGCCACCCUGUCCAUGCUGCUGCAGCUCCUUUUCACUGGCUCUUAUCUUGCACCCGCCCCCAAACAUUCCCAUGUAGGACAUUUUUAUUCUUUCUCAAUUUUUACUCUGGGAUUUUCCUGGAUGGGGAUGCAGUUAGGAGCUUCUCCUCUGUCCUAUAGCUGAGCCAUGCCCUAAAACAGAUAGGAGGAAAGUAUUUGGUGUAUGUCUCAUGUCUUGAAUUCAGCCAAGGCUUUAGAAAACACUGGAAGGGAAAAAAGCUUUUGUUUUCCCAUCAUCUCUGAAAUUUUAAAACAGAAUGGGAAAAUCUUAAGUGAGGGCAUCCUCAGUGCUGGGGGAAGAGGAGUAAAACAGCAUGUAUGUACCUAUAUUUCAAAUAACUGUUUGUCUCUCUGAAUCACUGUUCACAAUUUUCCACAGUUAUAGUCUUAAAAUAUAAGAACUCAAGAAAAAAAAAUAAUUCUGGAGUGUUAGCAGGCUGCCAAGAAAUACAGCAGAGGGAAGACACAUUUUCUACAUUUUGAAAACAGGUUUCUUUCUGAAAACUCCUGCACUCUUUUCCUGGUAAUUCUACCCUGCCUACUUUCCACAUAUUUCUGCAUACCU